GCCGAUUGAUUAGGGGGGAAGUGGGAAGACACCGCAAGAGCUCCGUCCUCGAAUUAUAAUUCUCGCAAACGCCUUUCGUUACAGAGAGCUCUGCUUUGCCGAUAAAAAAAGCAAAAACAAAAAAGGACGCACACGCCACGGCGCCAACAUUUGUCGUUGCGUCCGCCUGGCCGUAAACCCUCCCCUCCUUCCCCCCACCAAAACAAAAGAAACCAUGCCCGCCGUCGAAGCCCCCUCGGGGUCCUCCCCCUCUAAGUCGACGCCGACCUUCUCCCCACAAGACGUGACGGUGCUCUUCGUGCUAGGAGGCCCGGGCGCCGGCAAGGGCACCCAGUGCGCCAACCUGGUGCGCGACCACGGCUUCACUCACCUAUCGGCAGGCGACCUCCUGCGGGCAGAGCAGGACCGCCCCGGCUCGCAGUUCGGCGACCUGAUCCGCAACUGCAUCCGCAACGGCGAGAUCGUGCCAAUGGAGGUGACGGUGCGCCUGCUCGAGAACGCCAUGGACGAGGCAAUCACCCGGCGCCAGAGCAACACCAACAACAACAACAGCAGCAGCGGCGAUCGCAAGAGCCGGUUCCUGAUCGACGGGUUCCCGCGCAAGAUGGACCAAGCCCUGCGGUUCGAGGAGGCGGUGUGCCCGGCGCGGCUGGUGCUGUUCUACGACUGCCCCGAGGCCGAGAUGGAGCGGCGCCUGCUGGAGCGGGGCAAGACGAGCGGCCGGGCCGACGACAACGCCGACAGCAUCCGCAAGCGCUUCCGCACCUUUGUCGACACCAGCAUGCCCGUCGUCGAGUACUACGAGGCCCAGGGCCGCGCCGUCAGGGUCGACGCCACGCCCGGGCCCGACGCCGUCUACGAGGAUACGCGGGCUAAGCUGGCGAGUCGGCUGGGCGAGGACUUCUGAGUUUUUUCCGCUCUCUUUUUUUGGAAGCUCCUUUUUUGAAAAGAAGGGCCCGGGAAGGGGAAUGGCUCGAAUAGGGGUGGAAAGGGAAGCGGAGAGAGAGGACCGAAAGGAUGGUUCUAGUCUGGAUGGGAUAGAAUUGGGACAGCAUUUAUAAACAUGUAGACUUCGGAAAGCGGAGCAUGGGGCGUCUUCACAUCGCGGAUCGAGAAUUGGCCCGGUGUAUGGUUUAACUUGAUCUUCUGGCAGUUUCAUGGCCAUCCAUGCCUUGCCUUUCUUUGAUUUCCUUUUCUAUUUGCAGAUCCGACUGCAAUCAUGAAUGGCACACCUUUUCCCCUGCCUGGCUAUGCAGUCGUAAACCCCCUAUGAUCGCAAUCAUUGACUACUCUGGUACCGGGGAUCGGCGAGAGAAAGCAAGGUCGGCAUGUGCCGGUUAGCAAAAAAAAUUGUAG